GACACGGAAACAGGGAUGAAUAUGGAGUAGAAGAGGCUAGGAGGAUGGUGCUGUGACACGAAGCGUGCCGCUGGCCAUCCCUCGUCAACACUGCUGCUGCAACACCUGCCCUGGAUGGUUUUCUCGAUGGGUUGUGGGGGGAGUCGGGCAGACGCCAUCAUCGAGCCUCGGUACCAUGAAAGCUGGACCAGAGAAACGGAAUCGACGUGGCUGACCAAUACCGACGUAGAGACCCCUCUGCCUGUAGCUAACAGCAAGGCCCUGGAGACGAACCUGAAGGAGAAGAGGAUGGUAAACACGGGGACCCAGUGUGGGAAGCAGACUCUGGGCCCCACAGGGUCCGGGCACCAGAGGAGAGCCCGACGCUCCCUUAGUGAGCAAUCCACUCGCGACUCCAAAAGAAGGGCUUCGAAGGAGACCAGUAUUUCAUGUAAAGAUAGCCAUCUAGUAAAUAUCAACACGACUGAAGACACUGAGUCUGGAAACACGUGCGAUGGAAGAUGAAGUAAAGCCAGAACUCCUUAGAGGAUAAUGGCCAAAGCUGUUUGCAGUUUGGGUAAACAAGGGACAUAUAUGGUAACAGAUUCACGGCUGCUAAUCUCAGCGAUAUACAAAAUACCUGCAUAUGUCUCCA